AUGAGUUAAUCUGAUCUGCUUUAAGAAUAUGGUGAUAUUGGCCAUUCUUAAAUUGCAAUAAUUCCUAAUAGUUCUAAUGAUGAGCAAAUGAAAAAACAAUUCACAGGUCCUACAAAACCUGCAACAAAAUUUGAUCCACUUCAAGAGGGAGUAGAUAAUGCUAUCUAGCCACCUUCAAUGAUUAGUUUACCUAAGGCAACAGAUUAGAUAAAUAAUUCAUAAUCUCCUAAUUCUUUGGCCAUUUAAUUUACACCCAAAACUUCAUUAUUAGAAGAGAAAAUUCUAGGAAAUGCACAAAAUAAAGAAUAAAUUCGAGAUUUGGCUUAAACUAAUUUAAGCAAUCCUCAUAAAGAGGGAAUGAAAAAUUUCCUUAAACUAGUAAUUGCUAAAAGCCAUUACAAUCAUUUUAUUGAUGUUUUAUUACAAAGAGCUUAUGUGAGAAAGCUAUCAUAAUUUAGCAUUUAUCAAAAUACAAUGUUAGAUGAUUUAAGAUACAUAGAUUCAAAAUAGCAUACACAUAAAAAUAUAAUCGGGAAACUUUGUAAGAAAUUAAGAUUUGUUCCUAUCUUAGAUCAAAGUAGUCCAUUGGUUAUUGGAUGGCAAAUGUUAUACAUGUUAACAAUUAUUAUAAUAUUUUUUUGGACUCCCUUUAACUUGUCAUUUGGAAUUACAUUUGAUUAAGUUGUUUUUGGAAACAUGGUUGUGAAAGAAGUGGAGUUUUACUUUCUUUUUUCAAUAAUAGUAGAUGGAUUCAUUGUGAUAAAUACAUCAUAUAUAGAAAAGGGAAUAAUUAUUAAGUCCAGAGGUAAGAUAUUCAUGAAUUAUAUCAAUACAUAAGCUAUCUAUGACUUAGUAAUAUUAUUUUUUUAUGUUUAAGUGUUCAAUUGUGUCAAUGCUUGUAGCCUAAUAUUCGAAUAUUGAUAGUUCGUAUGAACAUUUUGGUUGGUAAAUAAUUCCAUUGAUAAUCUACUAUGGUAGUAGAAUAUUCAAGCUUUAAGGGAGAGUUCAUAAAUUAGAAGAGUAUAUAUUUAUAUAUAAGUCUUAGAUUUUUCAAUUUCACUGGAGUAGUAUAAGAUCUUAUAGAAUUAGUAAAAUUACUGUUUCUAGUGGUUUAUGUUGGUCAUCUAUUUGCUUGUCUUUGGCAUAGUGUAGCUUUCUAUCAAAUAGGAAGUAAUAAUAAAACAUGGUUAGAGAGUUAAGAUAUAGUUGAUGCUGAUAUCUUUACUAAAUAUAAUUAUGCAUUCUAUUGGGCUGUUCAAACUAUGAUUACUGUUGGUUAUGGUGAUUUAACUCCACAAAAUAACUAUGAAAGAUUAUGUGUUAAUUUUAGUAUGUUUUUAGCAUGUGGUGUUUUUGCUUUCUCUUUCAAUAGUAUUGGAUUAAUGCUCAGUAAUUUAAAUUCAAGAUAAGUACUUUAUAAAAAAAGUAUAAAUCUACUUAAUUAAUUCUUAACUAAAAAUUUAAUUAAAGCAGAACUCUAAUCAAGAAUUAGAAAUUAUUAUGAUUAUAUUUUCUAAGAGGAAUAAGAAAUUAAUGAUGAGGAAGUCUCUUAAAUUACAACUAAAUUGUCUAGUUCCUUACAAGAAGAACUCACUUUUGAAAUUAGACUCAAUGUUAUGAAAACUAAUUAAGUUUUAACUAGAUUCUCUUAAAAAACAUUAAGAGAAUUAUCCUUGAUUAUUGAAGAAGUUAGAUUCUCUCCUGAAGAUUAAAUAAUUUUGUAAGGCAUUCAGGAUGAUUGUUCACUCUAUCUUAUUACUAAAGGAACAGUUUCUAUUCUUUUUUAAAAUGAACCUUAAGGUAGAAAUGCUAAAGUGCUUUAAUAUUUAUAAAAAGGAUAAUCUUUUGGGGAAUAUUCUUUUUUUACAGGCCUCAAUCGAACUGCAUCUGCUAAAAGCAUUGGAUUUUCAAGAGCUUAUAAAAUAUCUAGAUAAAAAUUAUUAAAUGUACUCUAAACUAAUGAAAUAGAUUUAGUAAUUUUAUAUAUUGUAUAUUAUUUAGGAACGCUUUUGUGAAGUAAGAGAUUAGAUAUUGUAAAACGAUAAUUAUCAACCUGCUUAAUUAUAAUGUUAUUCAUGUGGCAAAUUUAAUCAUCUUAUUAAAGAUUGUCCAAUCUUACAUUUUGUUUCAGAUAAGGAAAAGGUUAUUAAAAAAGAUAAUUUUCCAUUCUCACAAUUAAGAAAUGCAACUUAUAUUAGAUAGAAAUCUGAUAGAAAUUAUUUUGCAACUCUUUUAGAAAUGAAAAGAAAUCAUACGCUUAUUAAAGAAUUUCAAUAAAAUGAACUCUCAAAUGAGAAUAUUACAAAUAAUUUAGAUGAUUCAGAUAUUUAAUAUGAAGAUUAUGAAGGAUAUCCAUAUGAUUGUAUUAAUCUUAUUUAUCUAUAUUAUAGCUUCUUAAAAUAAAAGCUAAUCUAAAAUUUAACGAUAAUAAUCCAAACAUCGUUCCUAUUCAUAAAGUGAUAAUAAUCAUUCUAGAGUUUUAUUGCCUAUUUAAGAAAGCGAGGAUUCUGACCAUAGUCCAAAUCUUAUCAAAAAAAGAAAUGUUUUAGUUAAAAAUACUAUUUAAACUGCUGGUUUUGGUGGGUAAAUUCAUUUUCAAAAGAAAAUGUCAUUCGAAGAUUAUGAAAAAGAAAGCAUUCCAAAUAUCGCUAAUCAUGGUAUUAAAGAGGAUUAAAAAUCUAAUUAAAUUAAUGAACAGCUACGCAGUCCUAGAGAAAUAUCGUUAAGAAUUAAAUAAAAACAAAUAACUGCCAUUUAAAAUUCAAAUAAAGAAGAAUUCUAUUAACCCUAUUCAACUUAAACUUAAUUAGAUGUUAAUUAAGAAAAAGAAAAACCUAUCCAUAGAAAAUCAAAACUUAAAGAUAUUUAAACAGAAUUACCUAUUGUUCCAUCUGUCUAAUCAGUUGAUUAUAAAAGAGAUUCAGUUGACACUAAAGAUGAUAAAAGAGAUUAGAGAAGAAACACUAAAACAAAAACUAAUAAAACUCAUAAAACUACUAAACUGUACUCUGAAAAUCCAUCAUAAGAAAUUUCUAUACCAAUUUUUGAAAAACAAACUUUUUCUAUGGAAUUAGAAGGUUUUGAAAUUAUGAAAAACUUCUCAAUCUACUUUUAUUGGAACAAUCCAAAAGUUGUUAUUCCUAGAGCUAUUAGAAUUCUCACCAAAUAUUUUGAAAGAAAAAGAAAUAUUGUUAAUUAAUUUUCCUCUUAUACUUUUAGUGCUGAAGCUAUCAAUCAAAUUAUAAAAAUAAAAAAAAAACUUAAAUUAAUGUAUUCAAUUUAUUUAUUUUAGAGAUGACCCAACUUCAGAUGAAAAAAAAGAUAAAAAAAUUAUAAAUGCUCUUAAUAAAACAGUUCGAACAAGAGUGGGAAGUAAAAGAUUUACAUAAGGAUAAGGAGAUGACAUAUCAUCAUUAUUUAAUAAGAAAUCUUAAUUUAAUGGAUAACAAAACUAUUUAUCUCAAAGAGUGUCAAUGUCUAGACAUAGUAGAACUGAUUUUUGA